AACGUUAAUUGCUGAAGCACAGUUUGUAGCUUGCUUGUGCUCCCAGAAGCAGUGUCAGUGCUCCUCCCCAAAACCAGGUAAGGUCUUAACUGGUAACAGUACUUCACUGCAGAAAGUGAUUCAUUCCCAUGAAAACUUCACCUGCUUCCUUCCUGAGCUAGGAUUCCUUUUACACUGUUUUGUUUCCAGUAUUUGGUAUGUAUUUGCUCUGCCCCUGGCCUUGCCAGCUUUCCUAUGUAUUCGCCCUCGGCUCAGCAUCACAGCCAUGGUCUGUAGCUGUCAUUGCCUCUCCGUGUCACUUUGCUCCUGUGAAAUACUCCACAUUCACUUCAUUCCUUUUCUGGGUGAGUCACACGUGUGCAGCAAGGCCAGUAGCUCUCGAAGAGCUUUGUACUGAUGAAUGCAGCAUUUGGAUCCUGGAGUGUAGGAGAGUCUCCAUGCUUCCUUUGUGGCAUUUUAGAGGCUUGAGGCCUUUAAGAAGUUUGUUCUCUACUACCUCAAAGCAGGACAUGAGGGACCAGCAUGUACAGUAAGCCAUCCCAGGAGCACAAUGAUUUUCUGCUGCAUUAGAAGUGAAGUUACCUACCCCCAAAAUGGGGCUUUUAGUGCACAGUGGAGUUUUUUCUGCUUUUCACCCCAUUAGCAAAGGAAAUUUCCUGCCUUGGGCAGACAAAGAAGGAAAGGGCAUGCAGACAGCCCUCUGCUCUCCUGCGUACACAUGCAGCCCUGCCUUUCUGUAAACAAGUUUAUUUAACAUUCAUCAGAACCGCAGCGCUCUGCGCUGCUCCACACUCCAGCUCUGGCUUUCGCACAUCACAGGCUGCCCUUUGUGCUCCCCAUGAAGGCCUCUUUUCAUCCUUGCCCUGGCCCUGUGCCCGCUGGAGCCACCUGGGGCUGGACAGCCCAUUGCUGGCCUCAGGGUUCACCCAGCCUCUGCCCUCCCAUCUCGGCACCUUGUGCCUUCCAUGGCAAAGCCCUCCAUGGGGGGCAGGAGCAGAAUCUGCCUUGGAGAGAGCUGUAGCUGAUGCCAACCUUGCAGACCCCACGUCUGGAAUGAGUCUUCCCAUCUUCAUUGGGCUUAAUUUUAUCACAGUGGGGUCUUGGAGCUACCUGGUACCAGAAGCCUUGUCAGAGCACCUGCAGGGCCCGGUACCCACCCUCUGGAACGAGCCUCCCGAGCUGCCCUCUGGAGCUGGCCCCAUGGACACCACCACAGCCCGGCUCUCGGAUGCCACAGCCUUCCCCGUGUACACGUCUGAGCUGGAGCCUGAGGACACCACUCACCUGCACCGGCUGGAUGCUGGGAAUGGGUCACUGGGACCCGGAGCUAUCGGUGCCAUUGUCAUCGCCUCCCUCCUGGGCACCUCUGUGCUUGUGGCCUUGGUCAUCAUCACGCUGAGAAAGUUCUCUGCCUCCUGAACUCAAUAAAAGGUUUCUCUGUAACACACCA